AUGGCUGGAACUUUUGGUUUUGGCCAUGACUGGCUGGGUGAAGGAGCUUUUGAGGAAUUAUUGUUUAUUGAGUUGAUGGAUUGUUGUUUUUCUGGGGCUGAUGAGAACAAUCAGACUAAUGGAGGAAAUGAACUUAUUUUUCCAGUUUAUCCAGUCCUUCCAUGCAGAGAUACAAUGCAGCGCUCAAGAACAAAUUCCUGUGAUCUAAACAGUAAUCAUUUCCAGCAGUCGCCUGUUGUUUCCCCAGUGGAUCAUGAUUCGAAUGUGCCAUACAACAUAUCAGUUGAUUGA